AUGUUUAUUAUUGCUAGCGCUUACGGUCUGUCUCGUCUACACUCUUGUCAUUUGUAUUUGACACCAGAAAUUAUCGAUGAAAUGAAAGAAGUUUUCAUUUUGGAUCUUUCUCCUCUUCUUAUUUCUUCAACAAUGUUCAACUCAGUCGUGUACAAUAUUUCGAAACCAAUUCCUAUAAUAGUAAAAUCUGCUGGCUGCGAAUAUAUACCUGAAUUAACACGACCACAUGCACUUUCAUCUGGAUAUGUUUUUGAAUUGCAGGGUUAUUGGCAAUCAUAUCUUCAUUUCUCUAAAUAUAGUGAUGAUAUUCGAGAACGAAUCUUUGCCGGAAAAAAAUCAGUACUUGAGAAAGUCUCAAAAUUAUUCGCUGAUCUUUAUGAAAAAAUGUUUGGCUUGAAAUGUCAGUUUUCAUUAGAAAAUCAUCAGUCAUUCAAAAAACAAUUAAUGAAUUCAAACUUAACAACAUGGAUUGGUAUUCAUGUACGUCGUACAGAUUUUGUUUCUAUAAAUUUCUCUUCAUCAAAUGAAUAUUUAUUUACUGCUAUCAAAUAUUACACUUCAUAUUAUUCAAAUGUUCAUUUCAUAGUCGCUAGCGAUGAUAAACCUUAUUGUGAAAAUCUAUUUCGUAAUCGAUCAAAUAUUUCCAUUACACCACAAUCAUUUUCUAUGGGUGAUGAUCUAAUAACACUUUCACUCUGUGAACAUUCAAUCAUUACUGGUGGAACAUUUGGAUGGUGGGCAGGUUAUCUUGCUAAUGGUCAAGUUCUCCAUGAUAAAAUAUACCCAUCUGGAUGCGGAAGACGCGAACAAUACUAUCCACCAUGGUAUCUCAUAGAUGGGAAAGUACGAGCAUAUAGACAAGGCAACUAUACUCUGUAA